CGUCGACUGGCUUCCUCAGUGCUCACACGCUGCUCAGAGACUUCCCACAGUGCUCACACGGUGCUCAGAGACUUCCCACAGUGCUCACACGCUGCUCAGAGACUCCCUCAGUGCUCACACGGUGCUCAGAGACUUGCCUCAGUGCUCACACGCUGCUCAGAGACUUCCCACAGUACUCACACGCUGCUCAGAGACUCCCUCAGUGCUCACACGCUGCUCAGAGACUCCCUCAGUGCUCACACGCUGCUCAGAGACUCCCUCAGUGCUCACACGGUGCUCAGAGACUUGCCUCAGUGCUCACACGCUGUUCAGAGACUCCCUCAGUGCUCACACGCUGUUCAGAGACUCCCACAGUGCUCACACGCUGCUCAGAGACUUCCUCGGUGCUCACACGCUGCUCAGAGACUUCCUCGGUGCUCACACGCUGCUCAGAGACUUCCUCAGUGCUCACACGCUGCUCAGAAACUUCCCUUAGUGCUCACACACUGCUCAGAGACUCCCUCGGUGCUCACACGCUGCUCAGAGACUCCCUCGGUGCUCACGCGCUGCUCAGAGACUUCCCAUAGUGUUCACACGCUGCUCAGAGACUCCCUCGGUGCUCACACGCUGCUCAGAGACUCCCUCAGUGCUCACACGCUGCUCAGAGACUUCCCACAGUGCUCACACGCUGCUCAGAGACUCCCUCAGUGCUCACACGGUGCUCAGAGACUUGCCUCAGUGCUCACACGCUGUUCAGAGACUCCCUCAGUGCUCACACGCUGUUCAGAGACUCCCACAGUGCUCACACGCUGCUCAGAGACUUCCUCGGUGCUCACACGCUGCUCAGAGACUUCCUCGGUGCUCACACGCUACUCAGAGACUUCCUCAGUGCUCACACGCUGCUCAGAGACUUCCCACAGUGCUCACACGCUGCUCAGAGACUCCCUCGGUGCUCACACGCUGCUCAGAGACUUCCUCAGUGCUCACACGUUGCUCAGAGACUUCCCACAGUGCUCACACACUGCUCAGAGACUUCCUCAGUGCUCACACGCUGCUCAAAAGUUCCCUAAGUGACUUCACCUCAUCUCUCCAGCUAAUAUGAGAGGGCCGACGCUACAGAUGAUGGUGUAUGGUAGUGUGCUUAUAAUGAUGCUGAUCCUUGUGUACCGCUACACCCAGCCUAGUCCAGUUCACCACCUUCAGUACAUUGGUGCCAUCGCCGCACUCAAAGAAUCUCUGUCGCGGAUCAUCAAGGAAGAACUGGCCAGGAAGAACUCUAAUGUCAAGAUUCCCACCAUCUACAUCAUCACCCCGACGUACCGUAGACAGGAACAGAUUCCGGAGUUGACUCGCUUUGCCCAGACUUUGAUGCACGUCCCAAACAUUCACUGGAUUGUUGCCGAUGAUGCAAAUGUAACAAACAGGCAGGUCGUCGAGUACCUCACCUACACUGGCAUAUCCCACACUUACCUACUCACACCAAUGCCCGAGAAGUACAAAUCAUCAUCUAUCAAACCCAAGGGUGUGGCCAACCGUAAUGGUGGACUUCAGUGGGUAAGGGAACAUGCAACCACAGGAGUCGUUUACUUUGCUGAUGAUGACAACACCUAUGACAUUAGGGUGUUUCAAGAGAUGAGAUACACAGAGCGUGUGUCUAUGUGGCCUGUGGGACUAGUAACAAAAGCUGGGCUUUCAACACCAGUCCUUAAAAAUGGUAAAUUCUUUUCCUGGUAUGAUGGAUGGAUUGCCAGUAGAAAAUUCCCUAUUGACAUGGCAGGUUUUGCUGUCAGUGUUCAAUAUUUACUAAAGGUGCCAGAUGCAGCAAUGCCCUACAAAGCUGGAUAUGAAGAAGAUGGCUUUAUGAAAAGCCUUAAGAUACGGCCUGAAGAAAUUGAAUUUAAAGCAGAAGAGUGUACAAAGAUAUAUGUAUGGCACACUCAGACAAAGAAGAAUGGCCCAUCUAACAAGGACAUCUUGGAUUCAAAAUACAAUGACACAAAUCUCAGAAUACUGCAAAAAAGAAUGAUGAUAGCACCCUGAGCACUUAGUCUGUAAUGAAUUUUUUAUAUUAAAAUAUUUAUAUCAGUUUUAUAUGAACUUAAUUUAUUAUAAAAAUUUUACCUUA